AUAUUUAAUUUUUUUAACCUCUUAUAAUAGAGAGCGCUGUUAACUAUGAAUUUUUAUUUUUUAAUGGAGUUGACUAUCUUGUAAUCUUUUUCAUACAUGUGAUUUAGACCAAUCAGAAGAACGAAUGCUCAAAUUCGUUAUUUUAAAAUUGAACUGAAAGUACGACGUGUUUGUAGCUUAUAUUUUAAUUUUUAAACGUAAUAUUUGAGGAUGCUUAAGGAUCAAAGAAGAACAAUUUCACAAGUAGAAAAUAAUUUUAAACAAUUAAAGAUAUCAAAAGUGGCUCCUGUAUUAACUGAAAAUACAUUGAAAAAUACAGAAAAUUUAGAUACUAUAAAAAAUCAAUGCAGUACUUAUGUAACAAAUAUUAAACAAAAUAAAGAAAACAAUUCUAAAAUGUCUACAGAAUUGAUGCCACCACCUAAAUUACCACCUGUAUCUUCUAAAACAACAGAACGUAUACCAAAUGUAAUUGAUGAUGAGAAAGAAAAUAAAAUUGUCAAUAAUUUAGACAUUGAAAAGAAUCUGGAACAAAAUAUUACAAAUAAUAAGAAACAAACUGAUAAGAAGUGGGUAUUAACUGAUUUUGAUAUUGGUCGACCUUUAGGAAAAGGAAAAUUUGGAAAUGUUUAUUUAGCUAGAGAAAAGAAAUCAAAAUUUAUUAUUGCUAUGAAAGUAUUAUUUAAAGCACAAAUACAAAAAGCUGAUGUUGAACAUCAAGUUAGAAGAGAAAUAGAAAUUCAGACACAUUUAAGGCAUCCAAAUAUUUUAAAAAUGUAUGGUUAUUUUCAUGAUGAUAAAAGAAUAUAUUUAAUUUUGGAAUAUGCCCCAAAUGGAGAAUUAUUCAAGGAAUUGAAUGCUCAACCUGAGAAACGUUUUGAUGAAAUUAGAACAGCAACAUAUAUAUCUCAAUUAGCAGAUGCUUUAAAAUAUUGUCAUAGUAAAAAAGUGAUACAUCGUGAUAUUAAACCUGAAAAUUUAUUACUUGGUAUAAAGGGUGAAUUAAAAGUAGCAGAUUUUGGAUGGUCUGUUCAUGCUCCUUCCUCUAGAAGAAAUACUCUUUGUGGUACUUUAGAUUAUUUACCACCAGAAAUGAUUAAUGGAAACACACAUGAUCAUACUGUAGAUUUAUGGGGACUUGGUGUUCUUUGUUAUGAAUGUUUAAUAGGAAUUCCUCCAUUUUUAGCUAAAUCUUAUAAUGAAACAUAUAUGAAAAUUAGGAAAGCUCAAUAUACAUUUCCAGAAUUUCUAAGUGAAGGUGCUAAGGACUUAAUAUCUAAAUUAUUAAUAGUUGAUCCAGGUCAAAGAUUACCUUUAGAAGAUGUUUUAAGACAUCCUUGGAUUGUGCAAAAUCGAACAACAGAACCACAUGUAUCAUAAUGUAAUUGCUAUAAAUUAUUAAGUUUUAUAUUUUAUCUUAUAAAACAAUUGUUUUCCUUGCAAUAGAAGUUUGAUUUGAUAUCACUAAUAUUGCAAUUAUCACAUUCUAGAUAAGUUUUUAGCAAAAAAUCUAUUUUAGAUAUUUUUUUAUAUUACAUAACAUUAUAAUAUUGUUACUUCAUACACAGAAUAAAACAUAAUGUAAUUUGAAA